AUGGCAUUCCAAGGCCCCGCGCCCCCCGGCGGCUUCCGCCCUCCAACCUUCGGCGUCGUCCCCAAGUCCCGCUCCGACGUCCGCCAACCGACGCGCGUCUCCUCCACCCACGUCGUCGUCGAGCCCAUCCCCACCAAAGACCGGCCCUGGGUUCCUCCCGACGGUCUCUACACGGAACUGCACAAGUCUGCCAUGCAUGAGCGCAAGCUCGCCAUCAUCGGCGUCGACGACCGGCUUCUCAAGCCGCUGCCCAUGGCCCAACACCCCUUUCACGCCCUCGAUUACCUGCCCUUUGCACGAUCAAGUCUCGAAGCCGUCGAGGCUGUCGAGGUCGGAGUCAAAGCCGUGGCUAAAAAGGUGUUGGGCGUGGAAAUGAGUCCUGUUGUGCCGCAGUAUGUGAAUGUUGUUAGGGAAUCAGGGUGGAGGCCUACGCAACUUGGUGUGGGGGAAGGGCCUUUUCGGUGGCCGCAUUUUUCUGAAGAUAUCUAUAUGGAAAAGAACGGAAAGAAGGAUAAGUACGAGAUCAGCAGGGAGUUUCAGAGUGAUUGGUAUGAGAUUCUGUGGAGCGAUUUGAUGAGGAGGGUGUACCGCUGGGCGGAGAAGUAUUUUGAUUUUUUGGAGAGUGGGGGAAAAGGAGGAGCGGACGUUGGCGUCAGUGCGAGGAACGUGAAAGACUGGACACCGAAUUUGUGGAAGCAGGCGGGGGUGAGUGAUCAGUUUGUGCAUUAUGCGAGUCUGGUGGCGAGACAGGAUAAUAAUCACCCAGCUGGGUGGGAUGUGUUGCUGGCGAAGGGAAGGUAUAGGAAGUUUCUUGUGGUGGGCGUGCUGGUGAGAUUGCUCCAGGAGCAGGUCUUUGAUGAGCUGCUUUUUGGGGCGGAUAGAGAGACGAAGAGGAUGUUGGAGGUGCAGGAUGAGUGUUAUAUUGAGAUGGAUGGCUACCUCCGCACCGAGAUGCGUUCCCAAGCCGUCCGCGCCGCUCUGGGCGAGUACAUCCUGACGCCCAACUUCUGGUCCGAGGUGGACAAACUGGCUGUCCAAACCACCGCCUUGUUCUCCCCCUUGAUCCGGUUCAUGGACGUCGAGCUCGAGAAGCGCAUCGAUCCGCUGGAAUUCCACCAGGAAGCCCACGACAUCAUUGCCGAAGCGGGCUACUUCAACAUCGCCAUGCGACUCUCUCGCGACGUCUUCCGCUUCAACUGGCCUCUGCCCGGAGACGCGUGGAGCACCGAGGUCGAGAACGUCGACGACGUCCCCUUCGACAUCUCCCGGGCAUGGGCCGACAAGCACGAGCAAGACGCACAGAAGCGGUAUCGCGCGGGCCUGAAAGCUGAUCGACGACGAGACAAAAGUAGAAGCGGAAAGGAGAUUACUCCCAAGACGACCACUGCCGGCGGCAUGGCGCGCGGUGCCCUCCGCCUUGCUCUCUCCGGCGCCAGCACCAAGAUAAAGUUCGGUCUGUCCGCCACAGCUUCGGGGCUAGCACGACUGCGUCCGGGCUUUGUGGCGCCCACCAUCGACGAUCCUCCCCCCUUUGACGUAAACUUCCGCCGAAACGUCACCGGUGAACCACAACCAGAACCAGAGCUCUACCUCCCCUCGCGCCUAGCCAAGACGCAAAUCGCCAUCUUCCCCGCCGUCCAGCGAUACAUCAACCUCGAAAGCACGCGGCGCGACCCCGUCAAGCAAAAAAGCUCGCUUUUUUCGACUGGGUUGUCGUUUCACAAAAACGACAUCCUGGCUUCCAUCGAGACGCACCCGACCUACGCGUAUUACGUCGAUAAAGUGCUCCCGCGCAAGCUUCCUCACGAGCUUUUUGGGCAAGACGAUGAUGAUGACGAAGGUUACGUGCACCCCAUCGUCGCUAGCCACCGAGAAAGGGUAAAGAGGCGGUUGAUGAACAAGGCCUUUGACCGAGGGUAUCGCCAGGAAGACGCCGUGGGAGUACAUCUUAUCGCCAAGGGGAACGCGAUCUAUUACUCCGGUGUGGCGGAUGAGUCGAGUCUUUCUGCUCUUCGCAGUCGCAAUGCUGAUGGUGGCCCGGAGAAGUAUUAUGUUGGGUACCCAGGCUACCUCCCCGAACACUUACCGACCCUGCGCGAGUGGUCAAAUCUUCCUCUUACUAAACGCCACUCUGCCUCCUCCUCUCGGUCUCCCUUCCACUCCUCUCGCACGAGUUCAUCCCUCCUCACCAAACUCACCCCCUCCACCAAAACCCUCAUCUUCACCCGCCGCCUCCUCUACACCGCUCUCAUCUACUCUUUGUUCCGCUUCUUCAUCUUCCCCCUCUUCUUCCCCUCUCUCGUUCCUUUCUUUCUAGCCCUAGAGUCCACCAUCCGCCACGUCUUCACCCAAAUCAAAGACGCGCUCGCCACCAUUCUCGUCCCCAUCUUCGAAGGCCUCCGUCCUCUUUUCCACUUGUUGCUCCGCGGAUUAUCUUUCGUCGGAAACUUGGCGUGGUGUAUACUCCGCUUUGUGCUUGCGCCGCUAGGGGACUUGGCCAAGAAGGUGCUACUACCGCCGUUGGCGAUGGCGUUGAGGGCAAUUGGGUAUCUUUACUCGAGGCUGGUUAAGGACGGACCGGUGGGCUGGGUUUGGGAGAAGUUGAGGGGGCUGGCUAGAUGGUGGGGGCGUUGGACGAAGGUUAUUAUUGGUGACCGGGUGCUAGAGCGGUUGGAAGCUGUUGAUGGGUGGCUUUUUAGUAAGCUUGGUGCUGGUGCUGGUGGAACGUUUUCCCCUGAGGCUUGGAGGAGGAGUGGUGCAGGAAUUGGAGAAGGAGGAGCUGGAGCCGGAGUCGAAUCGAGUUUGACGACAACGGCGGCGGCGGCGGUGCCAGUGGAUGAUGGUGGUGGUGGUGGUAACUGGAAUAUCUUUGCUUGGGGUGCUGAGUCUGAGUUGAAGACGGAGAAGAUGACUUCCACUUUUACUACUAACUGGGAUGACGAGGUGUUCACUAUUGUUGAGAAACGCACUGUUAAAGGGGGUGGACAAACUGUUAAAAGUGCUGGUCUGACGUCUGGAAGGAGGGCUUCCACUCCCACUGCCUCCACUGUUAUUACUGGUGACGGAACCUUCACCAUUGCCGACGUGGCGCCACCUCCUCCUCUUACGCAAUGA